UUGACAAUGGCAAGACAUUAACAGCCGAACCAACAGGUCGAGCACAUCGAUCGAUAAGCUACUCCCCCAAAGAAACCAAAUCCCUUAAGUAAGAUGUGGCAACUGACAUGGGCCUUCGCCUUGGCUUUCGUUCUGGUGGGUGCUGACGCCAAACCCUCCCAACUCUUCAAUCAUCACUUUAACCACUUUGAUCCUCAUCACCUGAACCACUUCGAUGGACACCAUCUGAAUCACUUGGAGUCCCUGCAUGCUCUGCCGCACCACUUGGAUUACGCGGUGCAGGAAUCAGUUCUCCCUCCGCCAGCAACUUUGCUUCCUGCUGCUGCUCCACCACCAGUCUUUGCUCCUCCAUCACCUAUUUACGGUCCUGCAGCACCCGUUUAUGGACCAGCACCACCGGCACCUGUAUUCGCUCAACCGGCACCUGUAUUUGCUCCUGCUCCCCUUCUUCCAGCUCAAGCACCACUUCUGCCUGCACCUGCUCCUUUGCUUCCAGCUCCAGCUCCACUUCUGCCAGCUCCUGCACCACUUCUGCCUGCACCUGCUCCAUUGCUGCCAGCUCCAGCUCCACUUCUACCAGCUCCUGCACCACUUCUACCUGCUCCUCAAUUCCUGCCAGAGUUUCACGUACCGAGUGUCACCCACCAGGUCCUGCCUCCCCUACUGGAGGCGAUUCCUUUUGCACCAACCUACCGAGCUAUCCCUGGACCCAAAACCACCACCCAUCGUGUGUCCAUCGGCUACGCCUUCCCCAAACUGCUGGCCGCUCCACAUGCCCACCUGAAAGCCCUGCCCCUGAAGUUAGCCCAUCAUCGCCAUCACUCGUUGUGGUGACGAGGAAAAGUAUCAAAAGGAUGAUGGAAACCUCACCAAAGAGUCAUUAAAGUCAGCUAGUUAAUGUUUAUCUACAAGUAUACCUGCAAAAUAUAAUAAUUUAUCGAAUAAAUAUAGUACAAUAAAGCGAAA